AUGCGAUUUUUUUUGGAUUUUACUUUUUUUUUAAAUAUAUUAACCGUCGUUACAAUUUUCGGAAAAGAGACAUAUAUUCCGGAUGCGUCAUUAAGUGUGGUAAGAAUACAAUAUUAUGCGCAUAUUUAUUAAAAUAUAUGUUUUGAAUAUUGAUACCUAUUAUAAUAGCCAAAAAUAAUUAAACGACAUGGCUAUCCAGCUGAAACACAUAUUGUGGACACGAAAGACGGAUAUCUGUUAGAAGUCCAUAGAAUACCGUAUGGAAAAAAUGCAAAACAGUCGAAAAACUUUCCGGUGCUCUUACAACACGGAAUAGUAGCGAGUUCUGCAGACUGGAUUAUAAACGGUCCUUCAAAAGCACUGGGUAAGCUUCAAUUGAAAUACAUAUAUACACAUUAUCACCAAAAUCCUAUAAUUAAUUGUUAAUUUUCGAGUUAAUGUACACCACGAACUCAAAAUAUAAAAAGAAUAAUAUUCUAGAUCAUGGUACGUUGUCGUUUUUCUAAAAUAUUAUCAAUUUCCAUACAAGCAAGUUAGGAUACAAUAUCUAUAUUUAUGUUUAAAAUAAGUACAACUACGAUUAAAGAUAUCUUAGAAGACUUAAAAUCAUGAAAAUAACGUUAUUUUGCUGUUGUCCGUUCAGACUAAUAGUAGUGAAGCGCGAUAAGAAUUAAGAAUUUAAAAAAAAAAAGUUGGAAUUCAGCAUGUUGUGUACCUAUAUAGAUAUUGAGAUCGGUCUUACCACAUUUCGAAUUUCAGUCAAAAAUUCCUAACAUUUAAUUUGAAAAUUAAAAAAUAACAAACCAAGUUGAAUAAAUCAGUUUGACAAGAUUAAUGUUUCUAUGGCCUUACUGAUCUCGUGAACCUUUCACGCGCUUACCAGAUUCGGUGGGUAUAGAUAAUAUAGAAAAUAUGUAUGUAUAUAUAUAUAUAUUUAUGGAUAGAAGUAUAGAACCACAAUGUAAAGAAUCUACAUCAUGAUUCUACAGGUUCUCUACAUCGUGGAUAAAACUGGACUAUACAAACUAUUAACUUACUAAUUUAUGGAACAUGAAAUAUACUAGUUCUUAAAGUGGUUACAAAUAAUUAAUGUGUACUAUCCACCAUACUAAUAUUAUUUAUUAUUUUGCGUUAAAUGCGUAAUGUAUAACAUAUUAACACGUUCGAUUAUUUACAAAUUAUAUAUCUGAAACUCUGAAAUAAAUAAUGUUGAAAUUAAUAACAAAUCAGAUUGAUAAAAGUGUUGUUUUUUUAUAAACUAGUGUUUGUAACCGCAUAUAACCAUUAUGGUAACUAGUAGACUUUGCUCACAUAUCGUGUGUAAUAGGCAUCAUUAUAGGUAAUUGACAUAGACCGAGGUGUAGAUAAAACGGGGUAGUCCAUAGAGUAAUUACUCUAUGGGAUACUCACUCCGCGCUUCGAUAAGGAUUUUUCUGAGUACGUUUAUAUGAUGGCUGGUUAAUUUCAAACCUUUUCAAAAUUGAUUAAAACGGUUUAGUUUAAUAUCUAUCAUACCCGUUUAUACGUCAGAUAUUCAUAAUGUUAAAUCGGAUUAGUAAACGUUUUGUAAUUCGAUUUAAAUAUUUUUAUUUCUUAGUAGAAAUUCGUUGGGACCAACCGGUGUAAAUUUCCUCUUGAAAAUCAAACCGGUGGGAAUUUGAAAAAUUGUUUGGAAUUAGUUUGACCGCAGAUCAGUGUAACCACGAAUAGGAAAAAUAAGUCUUUAUAAGAAAUUAUUGGUUAUAGAAAAUGUAUUACCCUUUCCUACUCCUCCGGUUUCAACUUCAAAUAAUAAAAAAAUUAUAGUAAAAGAUGUACAUUCAUUUAUUUCUCCUAUGUGGCCCUACUGCUUUUAGGUAGAUUAGGUAGGGUUUACACGAUGCUUAGUAGUAAUCAUUAGUACUUGUUACUCGCACUAAUAAUAUAUGAUAAUCAUUGAUAAUACUAUAUUAAUAGUAUUAUCUUAUAUUAUAAAAUUAAUAAUAAUAGUGAUUAUUAGAAGUUUAUAAUAUAUUAUUAAUUAUUAUUACACACAAAUUAAUUACUAGUGAAAUUUUAAUGUUUUAGACUUAAUAAAAUAAUUAAAUUAAAUUAAAAAUAUUAAUAUUAACAAAACAAUACUUAUAAUUUAUAUCAACACAGUAAAAGAUGCGGUCACACGUUGCGAGUGCAACCGGGAAAAGAGUCGUGUAGGGGGUAGCUACUUGUCGUUAGUAAAAAGAACGGCGUUCUAUUCGCUCGCACUUGCGGUAUUACUAACACUAGCACUGUUCGUACCGGUUUACAAGUGUGGUAUUAGUGCGAGUGACAAGUACCAGGCAUUAGUGUUAUCGGUAAAACGGAAAAUGCAUUAUCUGGUUUCAUAUAAAUUGUUGUAAUAUAAUAUACAAGGAUGGAACAAUUUGUAUUCUUUUUUAAAACGAGUUUGGAGGGGUGUUAAAAAACAGAUGUACGAUAUCUGUGUGCAUCGAUGUUAUUAAAAAUUUGCAAACGUUUUGCUAUAAAUAAACUACAAUUAAUUUUAAAAUUCUUUGAUAGGUAACUGUUAUACUUCGGUGAUAAAGCAUCAAUUAAAAACGCCACACAAAAAAGAUAUUUAUAUAUUUUUUUUUCUAGCUACUUAUAUAACAAAACGCUCCAUCCUAAUAAAUGUAUAAUUAAGGGUAUUUAAAAAAAAAAAAAAGAGCUGAUAUUGGGGACGGGUGUAGUCACUGUAAGUGGGAAGUUGGUAAUAUAGUACACAAAAUUAUUUAAUUUAUAUCUGUAAGCAAAGAUAUUCAUUACUUACAAAAAACAAUUCGCAGCGAAGUUCGAUAAAAAAUAUUUUGAAAUUCCGUAAUUUUUAUGAUUUUCAUCAAAAUUUUAUCUUAUUUAUUAUUUAUUAAUAUGAACAUCCUAAAAGGUAAAACUGCAAGAUAAUAAUAAUUAUAAUGUUAAAAUUAAUUAUUGAAAAUUAAAUCAAUUAAAAGCAUUAAAAAUAUUAAUUUUUACAUACUUAUUUUAAAUUCUAAGUGGAGUGAAGAAUGUAUUGGUUUUAGAAAGAUGUAUAUAUAUUAUUUUUUUUAUGUGAGCACUUUUUUUACUGUAAGCUUAUUCUGAUGUACACCUCUUCUGAAAGGAAAUUUUCUUGUGCUAGUACUUUAGGGAGGUCAUUUUUUGAUUUUCUCAGGACUUUUCUCAUUAAAUGUGAUAAACCGAAAAAAAAAAUGGGAAAAUAUACGAAUAUAUUAGUAAAAUAUUAUGAUUUAUUUUUCUGCGGACAACUUUUCUAUCAGCAACUGUGCUCCGAUUUACAAUGAUAGUCCUUUUUUUGAAAUUAAAUCUGACUGGGAAGAUAUUUUAAGAGGGUCAUUUUUCGAUUUUUCCAACAGUUUUCCCAGCAAAUGUGAAAAACCGGGAAAAUACAUGGGAAAACCAGGAAAAUCAGCACAUGUAUGUUAAAAUAUUUUAUGUUCAUUGGAUGUCUCAUUGCUAUUAUCAUUGCUGUUGUCAUGUAAAAUUUUGACGUGUUAAUGUGCAGCUCAAAUCAUUUAAACACAAAUCAAUCUUUAUUUUUAGAAGUUGAUAUAUAUUUUUUUUUUUUUUAUAAGUUCUCUAAGCCAAGAGCCAAAAAGUUUUAAAUUUUCAUAUGGUAUUUCGGCAUCCGGAUGCCCCCCAAACAUCUGCUGCCCGGGGCAAGUGCUCUUAAAAUCCCCCGUCAAAUAAGGCCCUGGUUACGUUUUACUAGCAGAUAUUGAUUUUAAAAUCAAUAGUAUAACCUAUAUUAAAAUUACUUGGUAUUGUACUAACUAUUACUAGUUUUUGAUUUUGUAUCAUAAACACAGUUGUGUGAAGUGUUUAAUACAACAACAUUUUUACAUAAAGUGCAUGUCUGUCUCUAAAAAAAUGUGCAUUUUAUGUUUACAGUUAUAACAUUAGAUAUUAUAUUUAAUAUUUAAACUAGUAUUAAAAUUUUUAAAUUCAAUUAUAAAAAAUAAAAUUUUAAUACUAAUUUAAUUUAUUAUUCAAAUGAAAACACGAAAAUGACGUUACCAGCACGUCCAAAAAUUAAAUUUAUUCAACUGCGGUAUACGCGGUAAAGUCUUGUUAGACACGAUAAAAAUGUAUAUACCAUGACAAUAUGAGCCAAUCAGAAAAGAGUAUUUCACGCGAAACGAAACGACACUGAGUUAAGGAUUCUUCAUAAUACGAUAGAAGUCUAGCUGCUGAUCAAAAUAUUUUGUUAGCUACACUUUUUUGGGAGUAGAUACAGCGGGAUAGGUACGCUCGGCGACGGAGGACGCAUGGAGAAUGGCCGAUCGGAUUGUAAAAGUAAAACGUAAAAAGUCUAGCUACUGGUCGAAAUAUUUAUUAAAAUAUAAGAAAAUGUCUAGAUGCUGGUAUUUUCGUAAGUGGAUACAGUUGGCGGGUGAGCAGUCUGCCUUACGGCGGAUUGGGUGCAAUAUAACGUGUUUAAUACAGGGGAAAUUAAGAUAAAGGAGUGGUAAUACAAAGGGAUUCGGGGUAAGUCUAGACGCUAAGAAGAUAUGAAGGAAUUCAGACAAUGUCUAGAUCAGUGGUCUUUAACCGUUUUAGACUCAUAGCCCACAUUUUUAGGCACACAUUUUUCGCGACCAACGUAAGAGCGAUCGCACACCUAAAGAGCAAAACUGAGUUUGUAUAUUAACAAAAAAGAAACUAAAAUUAUUUAAUACUUUGUAGUAGUACUUUUAUAACUGAAUAAAUAAAAACUACAUUGUUGACGAAAUAAAUGAAAAUAAACUUUUUAACGGAUACGUAGAUAUGAUUAGAAAAUAACGCGACUAACAUUAGUCUUUAAAUACAACACAGCAACAAUAAUGAUAAUGUUCAUAGAUUUUGGGUCUCCUUAACGAUAACAAUAUAAUAUAUUAAUUGUAUUACUAGCCCGGUUUACUCGGAAAUUAUUAUAUUCAAUGUCAUACUAUGCAGAAUCAUACCAGUAUAUGAAACAUAUACUGUGAUUUGAUAUACUUGAUAUUAUAUUAUAUUAUAGAAUAUAAAUUUUAUAAUAAUGUUGUUUACAUAAUAUAUUACAAUAAUUUUUAAACUGUAUUUUCAUUUGUUAAUUUUCUAAGUUUAAUAACUAAACAAUUAUUUUUAUACCUUAUGUAAUUGUAUAAAUUUAAUUUUUAUUUUAAAAAGUAAACUUAUCAUGGCCCAAAAAUGGGUCGCGACCCACCGGUUAAAGACCACUUGUCUAGAUAUUAGUAUUCUCUGAAUCGUACACAGGCGGUGGGUGCAUUAUAAGUGUAUAACGUAUAGAAUACAAGGGAAAUUGAUAUGAAGGGAUUCGGGAAAUAUCUAGAUGUCAGUAUUUUAUGUUUAAUGAGGAGAAUAGGAACAAUAGGAACAAAUAGGAAAAAUGAUUACACACAAUCGUGUUUUCAUGAUAUCAAUGUAACUUCACUAUAUCGAAUAGGUACACAUUAAUAAGAAAUUCGAUAAAUUCACGUUUUUUUAUCGGUUUUUCAAAUUUGAUGAGAAAACUCUUGAGAAAAUCGAAAAAGCCUAACCUCUCUAAAGUACCUGCCCACAUCGAUUUUCUUUCAGAAAUGGUAAUACACUUAAAAAUCUGAGUAAGUCUUCUGGUAGAAAAGUUGCUCACAGAUAAAAAAAAAAAUAAACUUCUUUUUAAUUUAUUUAAAAAUAAAUGGAUCAAUUUUCCUAAAGUUAUUUUAAUUUAUUUUAUAAUAAUUUUAAAUGUUUAGCAUAUCAACUUGCAGACCAAGGUUAUGAUGUAUGGUUAGGAAAUUCUAGAGGAAACACAUAUUCCCGUACUCAUAUCAAUCGAAGUCCACAAAAUGAAGAAUUUUGGAAUUUUAGGUAAUAUUUAUAAUUUUAACUUGUUAAAUUUUAUUUUAUUACACAUUACACAUUAUUACAGUUUUCAUGAAAUGGGUAUAUAUGAUAUGCCAGCUACUAUAGAUUACAUCUUAGAACGCACUAAUCGAAGUCAACUAAACUACAUUGGCCAUUCAAUGGGCACCUGUAUAUUUUUUGUUAUGUGUUCUGUGCUUCCAGAAUAUAAUUAUAAAAUACGAGUACAAAUUAGUUUGGCACCCGUGGCAUAUAUACAUCACAUGACAUCCACACUAAAUAGUUUAGCACCAUAUGCAAAUCAAAUAGAAGUAUGCAAAAUAUUAUUUUCCUUUUUAUAUAUAUAUACAGGUUGUCCCACGAUCUGUCAUUUGAAAUAACUUUUGUUCUAUUCAAUAUUUUUAAUAUAUAUAUAUAUUUUUUUUAAAUUAGUAUGUCUGCGCUACAGUUAUUACAGUGAUAAAAAAUAUUGAAUAGAACAAAAAUUAUUUAAAAUGACAGAUCGUGGGACAUCUAUAUAAAUAUUUGUCAACAUUUUUUAUUUUAGAAGGCUUCAAAUUGGAUUUCACAUGGAGCCUUUUUACCGCAAAAUGCUGCCAGCAAAUUAGUAAAUAAGUAUUUGUGUGGAGAGGAUGCUAGUAAUUCAUUAUUGUGUAAGAAAUAUAUAGUUUAUAAGUUGUUUGGAGAAGAUUCAGUCCAGUUUGAUAUGGUAAAUCAAUUAAAUCUUAUAAAGUUGCAUGAAUAACAUAUAAAUAAUUUUUUUUCUAGUCAUUACUACCCAUUAUACUAGGUCAUAAUCCAGCUGGAACAUCGGUAAAAACUUUAAUGCAUUUUGCACAAGAAAUAAGAACAAGUAAAGUAUUAAUUAUUUUUGUAUUUUAAGUAGUUAGUAAAUUUGAUUUUUAAAAUGUAUGGUCUUUUUCAGAAAACUUUCAACAAUUUGACCACGGGAAAGAAGAAAACAUUAAGAUUUACAACUGUUCACACCCACCAAAAUACAACCUGAGCAAUGUAAUUGCUCCUGUAGCCUUUUAUUAUGCUCAAAACGAUAUAAUUGCUGAUCCUAAAGUAUAUAAAUUCAUCAUAUUUGUUUUAUUUAUUAUUGAUCUACUUUCUAAAAUGUUUAAUUUGGUUUUGUGUUUAGGAUGUCAUUGAGCUGUAUUCACAUUUACCAAACAGACUAGGUUUAAACCUCAUAGAAUUUGAUCAAUUUAAUCAUGUUGAUUUCCUGUACAGUAAGAAUAUUAUUGAUAUGGUAUACCAAAGUGUUCUAAACACAAUAUCUACCACAGAAUUUGAAGAUUGGGUACCCGUUUUUGAUAAUACAACUAUAUACAAUGCCAUAGACAAUAUCCACUGUAAUGAUAUAGAACUUAGAGAGAGGAACUCGAGAAAAACUAAUAAAGGAUUUUGGAGUAAAUUAACUGGAUAUAUUAAAAAAAAAGAAGUGAGUCCACUAGUAAACAUCAAGGAACAACAUAGCGAAAAAACCGCUGAAUCUAGAAACACAUAUACGAAGGCUUGGAAGGAGCUAUUUAAUGAAUAA